AUGAUUGAAGUAAGUCCAUCUAGUGUAACGCUACAGCCAGGUCAAAUAACAACUAUCAAUGUGAAAUAUAUAUUCCCACUGAACUCCACCUAUCUGAAAUCUACAAUACAAAUCAGUGGAACUGGAAGCAACAACACCAAUGAAUCUAUAAUAACUAUUGAAGAUUUUAAAAUAAGUUUGGGUUCUAACUUAUUUUACACAACAACUGCUUACUCAUCUAACUAUUUGUCCACUUAUCCAACCGAUCAAAAUGAUCAGUUGUUAAUAUACUUCGAAAAUAUCACAAACAUUGGUACGGUAAGUGUACCCUUAAUGCGAAACACUCUCAGUCUUUCAGUGGAUAUCCAGUUGAGUGAUAGUAAAAUUGUAGAAAACGGAACUGUUUGGCCGUUGCAAAUCACUGGUCGAUUCAAUGCUGUCACUAAUAUUAGCAAAAUAUCUGUGAGUUGUGUAAGAACAGGGUCAGAAAAACCAUCAAUUCAGGUUGUACUAUCUCAACUGUCAUCGUUCACAUUCAGUGAUUAUCCUGAUAGAGAUGUGGUGUAUCUUCAGACAACCAUUCAAAUGAUGAAUGGUACCGGAUUGGAAUGUGAAAGACAAUCGAUAAUUUUCUAUCUCAGUCCAGAAAUAAAAUCCAUCAGUGUAGUUAAUCAAACAGGCAACAUAGAUAAUGUAACAUUGAAAACUCCUUUAAACCCAGUAACUAAAUCACUUCAGUUCAUAGCAGGACGUUUAUAUUUUGGUGCAAAGUAUGAAGUCACCUUUAUUCUGAAAUUUAAUCCAUCUCGUAGUACAACCAUUGUGAAAUAUCCAGUUCUAGUCGAAAUCGUGUGCAAACCCUAUGAACGCGGUAGUCCUAUAGUGAAUAGCUGCGCAAAACAAAGGUUUUACAAGUUCAAAUAUCGUCUGCGUGUUCAACUUGACUACACUUAUCCUUACAACUUACCUCAUUACGUUGCAAUGCGGAACCCUUUGGUACAGUUGCCCGACCGUGAAGCGAACACAUUUCUAAAUGUUGGUGAUAUUUUGUUUUAUUGUGCACGUGCGUUUAGUAUGAAGGGUUCAUUAGAUUUGGUGAGACGAUGUUUCAAGAUUGGUAAAUUGCCUGAAAGAAUUUGGUUUGAUGUCGGACCAUAUGUUGAACAGAUUAUAGCGUACACAAAUCCACUUGGCAUAUUGUUCGGUUUGGGAGCAAAUGGUGGAGGUGUAAUGAUGAGUAAGGAUUUGGGGAAAACAUGGAUUUCAAUCAACUCAUUCAUGUAUCAAAGAACUUUGAAUACGUCGACUGAAAUCAUUACAGCAAGUGUCAUACCAUGGAUUUCAUCAACUGGAUCAAUUGACAAUACAUUGUCUGAGUCAUUUUGCAAGAUGCGAGUGGCUAAUCAAUGGAAUGUAUGCAUCAACGCAAUUUAUGCAAAUGAACUUCUAUUGGCAGACUGGACUAACACCUGUCCAAACAUCAAGCCUUUUUAACCGAUCAAUCACUUCCAGUUGGAAUACAAACUUUGUUCAAAUAUUUGUGCCUUUUCAAUGUGUUCAUUUUAUGUUG